UCCAAAAAGAAGGGAUUAUCAUUUCACCAUCAUCUUCUUCUUCUUCUUCUUCUUCUGCUUCGUAGCUCAAAUACCGAUGGAAUCGGAGCUUCUCAAGCUUUCACUGCUCUACCUUCAUUGAAGUCAACGCAAGGAAUCGUCUAUCUCGCUGCACACUUUGCUGCAGCCAGGCUGAAUUUUCCACUCCCGCCACUUUCGGCAGCCGCGAGCUGGAAAUUCUUCCAGACAGGAAGGAAAUGGAGGUUACUAUCACCACUACUGAUCUUUCCUAUUGGUUAAACUGGAGGGUCUUGCUAUGUGCCGUUUCAGUGCUAGCUUCAAUGUUUCUAGCUUCAUUUAUCAUUUGGAAAUAUGAUGGUUGGAAACGUGCGGAACAUAAUCAAGGAGGAGCUCCUGAUAGAGCACUUUUCUUGCGGCAUGAUGAAGCAUGGAAAACAUGUCUCAAGCAAAUCCACCCCGGUUGGCUCACGGCUUUCCGCAUCAUUUCGUUCUCCUUGCUACUGACCACGCUCACCGUCAAACUUAUUGAGCAUGGGGGUCACAUGUUUUUCUUUUAUACUCAGUGGACCCUCACUCUGGUGACUGUAUAUUUUGGGUUUGGAUCAUUGCUCUCCAUUUAUGGCUGUUACCAGCAUCAGAAGUGCAGGAAUUGUGUUGAAGUUGACAAUGUUGAGAUAGAUGAAGAGGACGGUUCAAACUCAUAUAGGCCUCUCCCAGGUCAAAGAACAACUGAUAAAUGUGGGAUAAAAGAGUUCUCAGAUCCUCAAGAGCAGAAAUGUGUUCUACAGGCUGCAGGAAUUUUCAGUCACCUGUUUGAAGUCAUAUUUCAGAUGAGCGCCGGAGCUGUGAUGCUUACUGAUUGCGUGUAUUGGUUCAUAAUAUUCCCAUUCCUAACAAUCAGAGACUACACAUUGAGUUUUAUGACAGUGAACGUGCACACACUGAAUUUUGCCCUACUACUUGGGGAUACUGCUUUGAAUUGCUUGCAGGUCCCAUGGUACCGAAUUUCUUAUUUCAUCCUGUGGACAAGUGCUUUCGUCAUCUUCCAGUGGGUUCUUCACGCUUGCUUCUCUGUCUGGUGGCCAUACCCAUUUCUCGACUUAUCAUCCCCAUAUUCUCCAUUAUGGUACUUUUUGAUGGGAUUAAUGCAUAUCCCAUGCUACAGCAUCUUCAUGUUAUUGGUACAAACGAAACAAAGUUUGUACUCAAGAUUCUUUCCCGAUUCUUAUAUGUGUGGAAGAUGAUCAUAUUGGGUCAUGUUUAGGCCUCUCUUGUGGAACUAAAGGGCUCCUUGGGAUUUCAGUAUCUUCCAGGAUAAUUGAAGGCAACCUUGCAAGCUGAAUUGUUGAUAAGAAGGUUUCAUUUGAUUCAAUUGAUUCUCAAUUGUAAAGUGUAAUCUUCUUGAAUGAAUCGAUUCUAAAUUGUAAAGCACAAAGUUAUUCAUUUGUUUGGGAAGAUUUCAUUCGAUUGAAUUGAUCCUUCUUGAAUGAAAUGUAGGGAUAGGACACACCAUGUCAAUGCACGAAGUGAUUCAUUGGUUUAGUA